UUUUGUUUAUCCAAAAUGGAAUCAACAAAUCCAAAUAAUAAUAAUAAAAAGUUUAAAAUUACUGAUUUGCCAAUUUAUACAUCUUGUUGUAAAAAUAAACGAGCAUCAACACCGAAAGAAGAGCCGGCAAACAUUCUCGAACCAUAUGUGAGCGAUGCUCGAAAAGAAAUCGAAACAUUCAUUGGUCCACAAUUUGCCGAUUCUUUUAAACGUUUCGGUGAAAUCAUGGCCACAUCAAAAGCACAUACAUAUGAAUUAAUCGAAACAGUUCGAGAUGAACAGAAUGCAGCUGUACGUGCUACAUUCAUUACAUCGGCUGCAUUCAUUGGAUAUUUAUUGGGACGUCGUGGUUUUUUCCGUCGUACAUUUAUGGCUAUGAUUGCUGCCGGUGCAGCAGCAGCAACAUGUGAACCUAAAAUGGCUCGUGAUUAUGCUGAAGUUAGCUUUGAAUUGGCUAAAAGCAAAAUUUCCGAAACAUACCAUCAAUACGGAGGUCCUGAUCUGAUGAAAAAUAUUAAGCUACCGGAAUUUGGUUUUACCAGUGCUACUGAUGAUAGUAAUAAGAAACAAUAAUUCUUCUUGGAAAACAAACAAACAAAAUUCAUAAAAUAAAAUUGAUCCUACUUUGUUGUAUAGAAA